CCUCGGCGCUCUUGUGAUUAUUUUAUUAUUAUUCUUCUGAAUUCAGAGUGGUUAUUGAAUAACGUUGAGUUAAUUUUUGUAAUUCGCAAAAACACAAAUCGUGACAUUUACUUACCAAUCGACUGGACAAAGCAAUUUUGAUUGCUGAAUUUCAAGAGAACAACAUUACACAUGGACCAGCAAAAUUUGUCACUUAUGUGGAAAACAAUUGGUAUACCAAACAAUUUUCCAGUGUGUCGAACAAAAAUCGGCACCUGAAAAAAAUGCAUAGCCAAGCACUUGGGGGAAAAAAAACAAAGCAUGUUAAAUGCCCACUUUGCUCUGAUGAGGAUAAAAUAUCAUUUGGAUCCCACGAAAAUUUGAUAGAUCAUUUGGAGCAGAUGCAUUUGGUAAUCCAAUGGUCUAGCCAUCAUUUUGCAAACAAGGAAGAUUUUGAGGCUUGGAGAUCUCUUUCCAACAGGAAUGUAGAUUACAUUUUAGAACGAGCAGUUAAAACUGAUUCUGCUGAAGAAUAUAUUUAUUGUAACUGCAAUCGUAGUAAUACUAUAGGAUAUGUGAGUCCAUGUAGCCAUCGAAAUAUGAAGAAGGGAGGCAGCAUUAAGAUAUCUGGAUUAUGUCCAUCAAGAAUAUCUGUUAAAAUUAACAGUUCUGGAGUGGCGGUCAAAUAUAUAGAGACACGUGUUGGUCAUAAUGAUGAACUUCGAUCUAAACGUCUCUCCAAUACUUAGCAGGAACUGCUUGCAAACAAACUUGUUGCCGGAGUAACUAAGGAAAGAGUUCUUGAAGAUGCAAGUUUCAUGAAUGAAGGAAAAUUAGAGAGAAUGAAUAUUUUAAUGAAAGGAGAUCUCUCAUAUAUCAUUCGAAAAUUUAACAUAAACAAACAGGGAAAUGCGGAUGAUAUGACAGCAACAGCCUUAAAAGUGGAAGAAUUGAACAGUCAAGAUGAAAACACUGUUUUCUUAUUCAAGCAGAUAGGAGAAAGUCACCCUCAGCCACAAAUUGAAGACUUUGCUAUAGCUUUCAUGAACAAGACUAUGGAAAGAAAGCCGAGGGAAUUCCCAAAUAUUAUUUGUAUUGAUGGCAUUCAUGGAACCAACAUGAGGAAUUAUCAAUUGACUAUUGUUUUAGUGAAAUAUGAGAACAAUGUUGGGAUCCCUGUAUCCUUUUUGAUUUCUAAUCGUUUGGAUCAGACGAUCCAAAUUUUUUUGUCAUUGAGGGAAAGACUUGGAGAAUAUAUUAUCGUCGCCUUGGACGUGAAUGGGUCUAAUCCACUCAAUAUAAAUUUCGAGUAAAACGCAUGAAUUUGUUUUUUUGGAUGAUUGUGAAAUAUAAU